AUGAUGUCUACUGACGACCCCAAACCAUCGGUCCUUAUAAUAAGGAUCACGCCUCCCCCUAGCACGUAUGAAGAGGUUCCCCCGCCCACGGAUGAUGAACCCUAUUACCAACAACUUUUGGACGAAUUGACUUUGAGGGUAUCAGUUAUGACCGUUUCCUCCCCAUCUGAUGCUAUAAAGUCCCUUCAAAUGAAGCAGCCGUCAAUUGUUAUAAGUACAACCGAGACAUUGGCUGUCGAAGAGAACUUCCCUGUAUUGCAGGAGGUCCUCGAUAGAGUACGCGAAGGCACUUCAGCUAUUAUUAUGGGAAUGUACCCUGAAUAUGCCGAAUCUGCCGAUAUGAAGGUCCUCUUUUCCCAGGCGGGACUCUCAUGGAACACAACCAACGUUGUUGGGGCGACAUUGACAGUCAACCAGGCGGCAACUGGGAGUAAGUUAGCUGCAGCUUUACCUGCACGUUAUACUACACGGGCAUUGCUUCUCAACAACGUCGCCUUUUCAGAUGCGUGGUAUACUGCAGAUUGUACCUCGCAUCCAUACGCCGUCGAUCCGUCGGAAGCGAGACCUUUAGGUGAAUCAGCAGUUGCGCUAGGCCAUGUUGCAGACGGAAAGCUUGGUUAUGUAGGAGAUGUUUACGCCUUGUCAGAAAGCGUUGCUAUUAUUCUUGCUAUGUGCGGCUUACCUAGUGGAAAACAACUUACUGGGCUUGAACAACUUCAAUCUCUCCGACUUUGA